GAAGGCAAAGUGCCUGCAAAAUAAAUUUGAAAACUAAUCUAUAUAAUAUCUUUUAAAGGGUGUUGGAGUACAAAUAAUAAAGAGGAACUAGAAGAGUACAAGACACAGAUGAUGCAAAUUCAGGUGUAUUCAGAGAUCUGUAAAAUAGAUACAUGAUGGUAACAGUGUGCUCAACUUGGUUUGAGGGGAAUGGAGGGGAGGGAUUUUUCUUAAACUUAUCAUCAGAGCCCUUUUUAUUCCUACAGGAAUAUACUUUCCCUACUGAGGAUUUAAAUCAUUCAUAACCUGGUCACAAUUUAAGCACAAUUCAAAUACUGGUAGAGGGUUGCAUGACUUGCAUCACUCAUCUGCAAAUCAUUUUGUUAAUGGGAUGCACCACUCAUCUGGUCUAGUUUUGCUGUGGGUGUAUCCUUUAGGGGCAAAGUCAGAGAACACUCCCUCAGAUGCCUCUAGUGAGCUUUUUAUGGAGCAUGUUGAUCCAAGUAUCCUAGGCAAGCUGUUUAUUCCCUUACUGUCUCUAGCCUUGGAAAAUGCAUUAUCAGAAUUACUUGUGUUGAUUUGCAAACCAUUUGAUCCGGGAAUUUUAGCUGAAAAGUCACUUGUGACUCAUGAACCUCUACAUGGCUUUCAAGCAUACCACUUAUGUGAGGUUCAACUGGUUCUCCAUUUGUGGUUCUGUUUGGUGAAAUUGGAACAUCUUCUUCAACAUGUCACUCUAUGGCAAGGUCACUCUAUUGGUGAUGGAUUUUUAUGGCAUAGCAUUGUUGUGGACAAGUCCAUUGGAACAUCUUUGGCAGUUGGACGUGACUCUUGGUCUUAUUUCUCUCAAUCCCAACUCAAAAUUCUUGAAAUGGAAUUGGACAAGACAUGUUUGGCUUGGGACCCUUUGGUUUGCUUCAGGACAGAGUUCACUUCACAGACCUUGUACUCCUUUCAUGGGCUUUGGACACAUAGCACUACACUUCUUGAGUGGAUUCUUAUUAUUGCUUGGAUAGUCUAUUUCUCAUCCUUGAGGACAAGGAUGUUUUCAAGAGGAUGGUAAUAGUAGAGGGUUGCAUCCUUAAUGGGCUUCUAAAGCUGCAUCUCUUAUGGGCCUAAAGUAACUAAGCCAAUUAUAAUUAGUUAUUACUAUUUCUAUGUUUAUUUCUAGUUUGUUAUUUAGAUUCAUGUUCUAGAAUAUUCUAUUACUUAGGAUUGUGCCACUUGUAAGGUCACCUUUCAUCCCUUAGAGUGGAUAGUUAGUAUAAGUUGUAUGGAUUCCAUUAUGAAAGAUUAACAAGAAAUUUG